AUGGAUUUAAUUCAUGGAAUCUUGAACAUUCUAGCUCCCCCUCUAAGCCUGAUUUUGAUGCUCUACAUUAUACCACCAUAUAUGUUAUUUAAGUUUCUCCACUUCAUCAUAAGAUCAAUGUUUAGUGAGAACGUGGCAGGAAAAGUGAUACUAAUCACUGGAGCCUCCUCGGGCAUAGGCGAGCAUUUAGCAUAUGAAUAUGGAAGAAGAGGAGCACGUCUAGCUCUUGUUGCAAGAAGAGAGAAUCGACUCAAAGAGGUUGCUACCACUGCCAAGUCGCAUGGAUCCCCUGAUGUCAUCACCAUUCCUGCUGAUGUUUCAAUAGUCAAAGAUUGUAAACGAUUCGUUGACUUAACAAUCAACCAUUUUGGACGAUUGGAUCAUUUGGUGAACAAUGCAGGAGUAGUUCCUAUCGGCUUGUUUGAACACACCACUGAUACCACUAAUUUUGCACCUACAAUGGACAUUAACUUCUGGGGUUCCGCGUAUUGCACAUAUUUUUCAAUCCCCCAUCUCAGAAAAUGCAAAGGCAAGAUCAUAGCAAUAGCUUCCGCUGCUGGGUGGUUGCCUGCUCCAAGAAUGCUCUUCUACAAUGCGAGCAAAGCAGCAGUGAUAACCUUAUAUGAGAAUCUGAGAACCGAAUUGGGAAGGGACAUAGGAAUAACUAUAGUCACUCCUGGGUUGGUUGAGUCAGAAAUGACGCAAGGGAAGUUCCUAUCCAAGGAAGGCCAAAUGGUUCUUGACCAAGAAAUGAGAGAUGUUCAAGUAAGUGUGAUGCCUAUAAGAUCAGUCACAGAAGCUGCAAAAGCAAUUGUGAAUAGCGCUUGCCGCGGGGACUCGUACUUGACCGAGCCAGCAUGGGUUAAGGCAGCGUUCUAUUGGAAAAUAUUCUGCCCUGAAGUAUUAGAGUUUUGUAACCGCUGGCUACUAAUCUCGGGGUCUUCAGAGAGGGAUACAAUUAGCAAGAAGCUCCUCCAUCUAUCGAGGUUAAAGACAUAUCUGUAUCCCGAGUCAAUCAGAAAUCCCAAUCUCAAACCCAACUAA